CCAUACACCAAGUUUAGGGCCUUUUAGGCCAAUCAAAAGUAGCUCAAGCUACGCUUAACAGCAACAACAGCAGCAGCAGCAGCAGGUCAAAACAACAGCAACAACACCAUGGCCAGCGCUCCUUUGCUGCUCGAGCAAUUCAUCUACAAGAAACGAAAUUUCGUUUAUGCCUUUGUGCGGCAUCGUCUCUUUACGUUAUGUAAACAAUCGCUAAUACGCGUGCAGUCUGCGGAGGGCAUCAAACGCAUCGAGAUCUCGCCAAAAUCAAAUCUAAAACAGCUUUAUGACAGCGUACAAAAUGUGCUCAAGGUCGAUGGCUUUGGUCUUUUCAUGGAGCGGAACUUUGCCACAGAGCUACACGCAAGCGGCAGCCAGCUGGUGGGCAGCGCUCUUAAGCACGGCGACAUGGUCUAUUUAAAACAGAUUGCGGGCACUUCAUCACGCCGCACGAGCACCACAGCGAUUGACAAUAUGUCGUUCAAUAGCGCUAAGUUAUCCACUGAUAGACUUACCAACAGCUUACGUCCAUCCAUUGAAGUGAUCGAGGAUGAGGUGGAUCAACAGUUGUUUAAAUUGAGUGGCACCAUCAAACGUGAACGCGAUAGUAAGCUUUGUCAUCACAAUGCCAAUGGUUGUUGCGUUCAUUGCUCUCCGUUGGAGCCAUAUGACGAGAAUUAUCUGAAGGAACAUAACAUCAAGCAUUUGUCCUUCCAUUCGUACAUACGCAAGCAAACUUCUGGCAUGGAUCACGGAAAGUAUUUUGUAUUCGAUGACAUUAAUUGUCGCAUUAAGCCUGGCUGUCGGGAGCAUCCACCAUGGCCCAAGGGCAUUUGCUCCAAGUGCCAGCCAUCGGCUAUAACACUGAACCGUCAAACCUAUCGACAUGUGGACAAUGUUAUGUUUGAGAAUACCAAAAUUGUAGAGCGUUUCUUAAAUUAUUGGCGUACCACGGGACAUCAACGCAUGGGAUGGCUGUAUGGCACCUAUGAGCAGCAUACGGAUGUGCCACUAGGCAUACGUGCCAGAGUGGCGGCUAUCUAUGAGCCGCCCCAGGAAUCGUCUCGCGAUUCAAUAAACAUCUGUCCAGACGAGAACGCCGAAGAAGUGGAUGCCGUAGCUAAGGCACUAGGACUUAAAAAGAUUGGCUGGAUAUUUACGGAUCUAAUUACUGAAGAUGCAAGCGCUGGCACUGUAAAACAAAUACGCGGAAUUGAAACACAUUUUCUGACCGCUCAAGAGUGCAUUACAGCUGGUGAGCUGCAGAAUCGUCAUCCGAAUCCAUGUAAAUACGCCACGAAUGGCACGUUUGGCUCCAAAUUUGUCACAAUUUGCGUAACUGGUGAUCAAACCAAGCAGGUGCACAUGGAGGGCUACGCUGUGUCCGCUCAAUGCAUGGCUCUAGUUCGUGAUAAUUGUCUAAUACCUACCAAGGAUGCACCCGAACUCGGCUAUGUGCGAGAAUCGACUGAUAAACAAUAUGUCCCGGACGUUUUCUAUAAGGAGAAGGAUCAAUAUGGCAACGAGGUGCAACGGCUGGCCCGUCCGCUGCCCGUGGAGUAUCUGCUAGUCGAUGUGCCCGCUUCGACACCGCUGCAGCCGCAGUUCACAUUCACCGAGUUCGACAAACGCCAGCCAUUCCCCAUCGAGAAUCGUUAUAUCGAUGGCCAUCUGCAGGACUUCAAUGCGCUGAGCAACUACCUGUCCGCCUGGGGCGAAGAAGACUUUCUCGAGGCCAUCUCGGACUUCCAUUUGUUGGUCUACUUGUACAAAAUGGACAUGUUGCCGUUGCGCCAGCACAUGGGACCGUUGCUCGAGGCGGUGCGUUCCAAGAAUCCUAACAAGGCGGCUGAGUUCAAAUCUGAUGAAGUCUGGAAACUGCUCGAAUCGCUGGUCCAGGCCAGCUCGACUGGCGGUGGAACGGCCAGCUAUCCCAGUGGUGCUACAGCGAGCACUGGCGCCACUGGUGCCGAUGCCAUGGAUUUAGAUGCCAACACAUGGACCUGCAGCCACUGCACCUUCAUCAAUCGCGGCGAGUUGAACUCCUGCGAGAUCUGCUCGCUGCCGAGAUAAGGAUUCAAUUAGUUAAAAGCGUGCUCCAGCCGUCAGCAAAGCGCGACGAAAAAUUCUGGUGUUAAAACAAAACUAAAGAUUCAAUCAUACUUACUAUACAUAAAAAUAGCAGAGCGGCACUUGGAUGCAGUGAAGGCCAAUCGAAGGCGUGGCAACACAAAUUCAUCGCAUGCCGUACGCGUUCUCUAUAAAUGUAAUCUUGUAUAAGAGUUUUAAAAAAAAUUUAAUUUAUUUCUAAAUAAAUUUAAAUUGUUGAGUA